UUUCAGAUGGCCUUCGUGAAGAUGAGGCUGGUUUAUGCUUUUAUUCUCAUGAUGGGAGUUCUUUGCUUCUACUUCAGCAUGGAGACUUUCGAGGAACCACCACUUGUUCUUAAGAAAGGUCACAAGAAGUUCCUCCAGCUUCCAGAUAUAGACUGCAAGCAGAAGCCCCCUUUCCUUGUGCUGCUGGUGACUUCAUCCCACAAGCAGCUGGCAGCUCGCAUGGCCAUCCGCAAGACAUGGGGUAGAGAAUCAGAGGUGCGGGGGCAGCGUGUGAAGACCCUCUUCCUCCUGGGGGCCUCAGACAGCACCGAUGAGAUGAAUUCUACAGCCCAGGAGGGCAAGCAGCACCGUGACAUCAUCCAGAAGGAUUUCAAGGAUGACUAUUACAACUUGACCCUGAAGACAUUGAUGGGCUUGGAGUGGGUCCACCACUUUUGUCCUCAGGCAGCUUUUGUGAUGAAGACAGACUCAGACAUGUUUGUGAAUGUUGGUUAUCUGACUGACCUGCUGCUAAAGAAAAACAAAACCUCCAGGUUCUUCACGGGCUACAUAAAGUCCAAUGACCAUCCCAUCAGGAAAAAGUCCAGCAAGUGGUUUGUGAGUAAAUUUGAAUAUCCCUGGGACAGGUACCCACCUUUUUGUUCUGGAACAGGUUAUGUCUUUUCUAGUGAUGUGGCCAGCAAAGUAUACAAUAUCUCAGAGAGUGUUCCAUUCCUCAAGCUGGAGGAUGUGUUUGUUGGGCUCUGCCUGGCCAAGCUGAAGAUCUGGCCUGAGGAACUCCACACCAAACCGACCUUUUUUCCAGGUGGCUUAAGCUUCUCUGUGUGCCGCUUUCGUAAAAUUGUGACCUGCCACUCUGUGACACCUCAGACCUUAUUCAGUUACUGGCAGGCACUGGAGAACUCUCAGAAACUGAAUUGCCCUUCUGUCUGA